AUGCCAAGACCAUUGUUGCAACCUUUAACUCAUGGAUAUCGACGUAUACCAGUUCUUCAGAUUGGAUCAGAUAUAUUUGUUGAUACACUUUUAAUUAUAGAAGAAUUGGAAAGAAGGUAUCCUGAACCAUCAUUAUUUCCUAAAAGAAUUAAAUCAAAUAAAAGUGAUAAAGGACUUGGAUAUGCUAUGGCAAUAUAUUUUUUCCAAGCAAGUUCUACCAUAAUGCUAAUUCCUGAAGAUCCAAACACAUCAACAAUUUUCAAAUCUCAAGAAUUUUUAAAUGACCGAUCUUUAUUGAUGAAUAAGAAAAUUGAACCCAAUAAAUUAAAAUCGUUUCGACCAUUUAUUCUUGAUACACUGAGAUCAAAUUAUGAAUGGAUUGAAUUACAAUUAUCAGAUGAUCGACAAUGGUUUUUAGAUACAAAUACACCAAGUAUUGGUGAUAUUCAUGUUGCAAUGAAUAUUUGGUUUUUAAAUUUUACUAAAAAUGCAAAAGAAUUUGAAAAUAUUUCUGAAUUGUAUCCUAAAACUCAUCAAUGGUUUAAUAGAUUUAUCAAAUUUAUUAAAGAAAAUCAACAACAUAAACCUUUAAAAAUUUCUGGUGAGGAAGCACUGGAAAUUGCUAAAAAUUUUAAACCAUCAUCAUAUUAUUAUAAUAAUGGUAAUAAGAAAUUAGGAAAUAAAAAAAUUGGUGAUAAAGUUAUUAUUUCACCUGAUGAUUAUGGUAAAGUACCUGUUAAGGGUACCAUUUUGAAUAUUAGCGAUAGAAAUAUUGCUAUAAGACCAAUUGAUGUUGAUAAAACUGGCAUUGAUGUAGUUAUUUGGUUUCCUAUAGCUGGCUAUAAUUAUUAUUCUUUAUUGGUUUUACCAAAAAGUAUAACUCAAUACUACAAAAGCAAUAGUAACCUAAUUCAGGACAUGGCACUUUUGAUAUGUCUUUUUAGUUCCCUAGACAAAUUCUUGGAUGAUGAUGAGAAUCAAAAGAAUAAAAGUAGUAAAAGGCUUAACACGAAUAACCAAUGCCAAGCCAGAUCGUUAGCUGAAACAAUGAGAAGAAAGCUAAAGGAGAUGAAAGCUGAAAAUAAAGAAACAAAGGAUCAGACUGAAAAAUAA